CCCAAUACUCUCUACUCUUCUUCACAGCAAUGGCCGAGAAAAAUCAAAACGACGCAGUAUCUACACCUCCGUCCUCUUUGGAUCUCGAGCUUAACAUCGCCGGCUUGAAUAUCGGCGACCACAAAUCGUCAAUUUGCCAAGCCGAGCUCCAAAUCACCGGCGAGAACAAAUUCCUGGACGAACCUGAAGACUCGAAUAUCAGCGCUGUUACAACCGGCAACACGCCGUACACGUCGGCGAGUACUUUCGAGGAUCUGCAUUUAUCAGAGGAGUUGUUGAAGGGUUUGUAUGUGGAGAUGGGGUUCAAGAAGCCGAGUAAAAUCCAGGCAAUUACAUUGCCUAUGAUUUUGACGACUCCACACAAAGACUUGGUUGCUCAGGCUCACAAUGGCUCAGGGAAGACUACUUGUUUCGUGCUCGGGAUGCUCAGCCGUGUCGAUCCGAAUGUGAAAGCUCCUCAGGCUCUCUGCAUUUGUCCCACCAGAGAAUUGGCACUUCAGAAUGCGGAGGUUAUUCGUAAGAUGGGGAAGUACACAGGGAUAAAUGUAGAGUGUGCUGUCCCAAUGGAGAAAGAAAAAUCUAAACCAGUGAAGUACCGGCCUCUGGUAUCAGCACAAAUUGUGAUUGGAACACCUGGUACAGUUAAGAACUUGAUGUCAUACAAGAAGCUGGGUGUAAGCGGUGUGAAGAUUCUUGUUUUCGAUGAAGCUGAUCACAUGCUGGCUGAGGAUGGAUUUAAAGAUGAUUCUUUAAGGAUAAAAAAGGAGAUAGAGAAAUUUGACACUCACUGCCAGGUGCUCCUGUUUUCUGCUACAUUCGAUGAAACAGUCAGAAAUUUCAUCUCAAGGGUGGUGAAGGACAAGAAUGAACUAUUUGUUAAGAAAGAAGAGCUAUCUUUGGCAGCUGUGAAGCAGUACAAGGUCUACUGCCCUGAUGAACUAACCAAAAUUGAUGUGAUCAAAACCAAGAUAUUCGACCUAGGGGAGAACAUUGGACAGCGAAUCAUUUUUGUAGGGUCAAAAGCUAGUGCAAGAAUGUUGCAUAAACAACUUCAUGAGGAUGGUUAUGCAGUUACAAAUGUUCAUGGUGCCCUCACUCCUGAACAUAGAGACAAGACGAUUAAAGAAUUCAGAGAGGGUUACACCCAAGUUCUUAUUGCAACUGACAUGCUUGCUCGAGGCUUUGACAGCCAGCAGGUCAACUGUGUUGUCAAUUAUGAUCUUCCAAUAAAGUAUCAAGCUUGGUCUAGGAAGCAAAAUGUAAUACCCCGAAAAAUCCAAAUUAAAUUCCGUGGAUUUUUUAGAAAUGAUUUCACGAUAGUGGGAGCGAGUACGAGGCUCGGAGAAGUUGUGGAAUUAGUUCGAACGAUUAAUUUUCGAAAACGAACGUUAUUUAGGGGCUCGCGAAAGUUGACUUUUUAUACGUUCAAAAUUUGGGAAAACUUCCUUCAUGAAAGUUGUAGAGCUCGUCGACACGAUCGCGUGCAUAUGCGGAACGCAAAAAUCGAAGUUCGUAUGAAUUAGUUAUGAUUUUUUGAAAAUGUUUCCAAAUUAGUAUAAAGCUUCCAUUUUCGGAAAUUUCCGAAAAUAUUUUCAGAAUUUCCAAAAAUGGAAGCUCGGAGCUGCAGCCCCUCCCCCGACCGGAAAUCGCCUUCGAUUUUCUUCCGGCUAUUUCUUCCUCCUCCGGCCACCGAUCCUCACCAAACUUCUUCCAUUGGCUUCGUAUGGUCCUUGCGCACCUGUCUGUGGCAGCCUUGCACGGCGGCACGGCCCCUAGCGGCGGCGGCGGCCCGGUUUCGAUUUAAGCUCGAUUUUGGUCAACGCCGGUUUUCUCCUAGCUCCGGCCACCAAAACUUCCGAUCCUUGGCUCCAUGAACUCCCCUCAACCUGCUGAUCAUCAUACUAGGAGGAUUGCACCUAGAGUGACCGGUUUCACGUUCGUCGGAGCUCGGUAAGUUUUCAAUCCGAAACGAAAAUCUUUCGAUCGGUAUAUCUCGAGCUGUAGUGCAUCGUUUUGAUUGAUUCUUGAACCAGUGAGUUCUCCUUGAUGUUCUUAACAACUCUCUAGAAGGGAUCGAAGCCUGAAAUUGAAGUUUUGACGUCGAAAUCAAGCCUUGCCGGAUUCUGCAAAUUUCGCCGGAUUCUGGAAAUUUUCCGGCCACCUCGACUGUUUUAGGUGAUUGACGGUCUUCCUUGGGUGAGCGGUUUUGGUGUGUAUUGUGUUGAAUUGAAGACGCAGCGGGAAUAUCGAGCGGGUAAUCCUACAGGUCAGGAGAAUCAGGACGGUGAUCGUGCGGGUUAGAGAAUUUGUUUUAGUUUACAGCAAUUGUAAUUGUGAGGUGAGUUAUGCUCAUUUGAGCCUUACAAUAUAAUUUGGUGAGAGUGUGCUGUAAUAAACAAAUUUGAGAUUUGGUUUAUGUAAUAUCGAGCGAUGUGAGGUGUGGUUGUUUUGAGAAAAAAUUCAGGUUGUAUUUAUGUGAGUUGUAUUAAUUCAUGUUUCGGAUUUGAAUUUGUUAUUCAAAAUUCGGGGCGUGACACAAAAAGCUCCAGAGCCUGAUUAUGAGGUGUACUUGCAUAGAUGUGGUCGGGCAGGGCGUUUUGGCCGCAAGGGAGCUGUGUUUAACUUGCUUUGCCAUGAUUCUGAUCAACAACUCAUGGGAAAAAUUGAGCAGCAUUAUAGCAUUCAAGUACCAGAGGUUAACAUAAGUGAAGAAGCUUUUGAAGAUGCUCUCAAGUUAGCGGGCUUGAAGGAAUGACCGACAUGACCAAAGUAUCCUGGGCAAAGAGAAAACAGAAGGAAUGAGAACAGAAAUCAAUUGGUUUGCCCUUUUGUUCUGAUUCUGAUUUUUUUCAUGAAAUUUAGGUGGCAGCUGUUGUUUUGAUUGCCAAAUGUUCUUACAUUAUGUGCCGGGUUCAGUUAGAAAUUGCAAACCAAAGCUGAAUCAUAUCAUUGCUGUAAUUACAAGCAACAUGCUUGGUUUACCAUUUAUUACUUGCCUUAUCUUUUGUGCCCUUUGUUCAAGUAUCAGUGGUAGUAGUAUACUAGUAUUUUUACAAUGAAUUC